ACAUGUCCCCAAAUGUGAUGCUCCUCCUCCUUCAUUCAUACAUCAAAUCUUCUCACGGUGUUUCUGGUAUUGCCUGAAGAACACAUUCUUCUCACGUUCCCGUUGGCCUAAAUGCUUCUUUCUCCAUCUCCGAUCUCAGCUUCUCCCUCCAUUCAUUGCUUGACAGGUAAAAGUUACGUUUUGAGUCAAAAUCGAAGAUGUUCAACAAAAUCAUAAAACUGGGUCAGAAGAAAUUCAACAAAUCAGAUCAACACCACCAAGAUAACAACGCCUCCACCAACAACGUCGUUCGCGCCAGCCGCACCACAACCGCCGCCGCGUCCUCUGUUUCAAAUGGCGAGUCUCAGGCGACGGCUUCAUCUCCUUCGCAGACACCGAUUCACCCAAUGUUCACAUCAACGCCGACCCUCGAAGUGCUUCCGUUGUUAAAAGACGUGUCUUCCUCAGAUCGACCUCUCCUCUUCAUGAAGAAGGCUCACAUGUGUUCCUGCCAUUGCGAUUUCUCUGAUACUCUGAUAAUGCCACGCGAGAAAGAGAUCAAAAGGCAGACACUUCUCGAACUGGUUGAUUUCCUUCACUCUUCCUCCGCUAAAGUCAAUGAGACGAUGCAGAGUGAGCUCAUCAGAAUGGUUUCAGCUAACAUUUUCCGGUGUCUCCCACCGGCGCAUUAUGAGAACACUGGAGCUCCUCCUGAAGGGAACGAUCCUGAAGAAGAAGAGCCUUAUCUUGAGCCAUGGUGGCCUCAUUUGCAGCUCGUCUACGAGCUUCUUCUGCGGUAUGUAGUCUCUUCCGAAAUCGAGCCUAAGACUGCGAAAAAGUUCAUCAAUCACAUCUUUGUGUCGAGGUUACUUGAUUUGUUUGACUCCGAGGAUCCCAGGGAGAGGGAAUAUCUGAAAACUGUACUUCAUAGGAUCUAUGGCAAGUUUAUAUUUCACCGCCCGUUCAUUAGGUGUUCGAUUUAUAAUGUUUUCUACAAGUUCUUGUACGAGACUGAGAGGUGCAUUGGUAUUGGAGAGUUGUUGGAGAUCCUUGGAAGUGUGAUCAAUGGAUUUACAGUACCUAUGAGAGAGGAGCAUAGGUUGUAUCUUGUCAAAGCUAUUUUGCCGCUACAUAAGUCUAAGAGUAUCUCCAUUUACCACCAGCAGUUGUCGUAUUGCGUGACACAGUUUGUGGAGAAAGAUUACAAGUUGGCUGAUACCGUGAUCCGCGGGUUGUUGAAGUUUUGGCCGCUUACCAAUUGUCAAAAGGAGGUUCUGUUCUUGGGCGAGUUGGAAGAAGUCUUGGAUGCUACAGAGCCCUCUGAGUUUCAGCAUUGUGUUGUUCCUCUGUUUACUCAGAUUGGGAAAUGUCUUAAUAGCGCACACUUCCAGGUGGCAGAGAGAGCUCUUUUCUUGUGGAACAAUGAACAUAUCGUAGGACUGAUUGCGCAGAACAAAGACGUGAUCUUCCCGAUUAUCUUUGAAGCAUUGGAGAGGAACAUGAAAGGACAUUGGAACCAAGCGGUGCACGGUCUCUCUGAGAACGUUAGAAGAAUGUUUCUUGAGAUGGACACUGAGCUCUUUGAAGAGUGCGAGAAACAACACUCCGAGAACGAAGCUAAGGCAUGCGAGUUGUUGGAACAAAGAGAAUUGACAUGGAAGAGACUUGAAGAAGCUGCUUCUCUAGCAGCUUAACUAAUUCCCAUUUGACGACUUUGUAGCUAUCUUUUUUUUUCUUUACUUUUCAAAGGUAAUGUUCUUAGAAACACUCUAAUAAUUGGUUCAUUUGUUUGUUCUUUGCAUUUUUUGGUCUCUUGUAAAUGGCGACCGGGAAUAUUAAUCCACAUGUCGCCGACGAGAUCAUGUCAUAGAAGAUAAAUUUAGUGCUGUUUAUUGCAGCUUCUGCAAAACUUGGUAGGAACUGAUUUUUAAUGAAGACACUGAUUUUUGACUAGGACUUA